AUGAGCAUGGGGCAUCGCCAGAAUCCCGGCCGGCCGGGGUGGCCGGCCGGCAGCGACGGUGGAGAGGGGGAGGAGCCUCCCUACAAUAUUAUUCCCAUCCACAACGUCCUGGUGGAGCACCCGUCUCUACGGUUCCCGGAGGUCCGCGCCGCCAUGGCAGGUCUCCGGACGGUUGGCGAUCUACGUAAGCCCCCUUUCGUCACCUGGCACGAUGGUAUGGACCUCCUCGACUGGCUUGGGUCAUUCUUCGGCUUCCAAAGCGACAACGUCCGGAACCAGAGGGAGCAUCUGGUCCUCCUCCUGGCCAACGCGCAGAUGCGUCUCCAUCCUCCUCCGGACAAUAUCGACACGCUCGACCCAGGCGUCGUCCGGCGUCUUCGCCGCAAGCUCCUCCACAACUACACGUCCUGGUGCGGCUUCCUUGGCCGCAAGUCAAACGUCUGGGUUUCGGAUGCGCACCAUGGCCGACGGGCUGCAGCCGAUGAGCCGCGCCGCGAUCUUCUGUACGCUUCCCUGUACCUCCUCAUUUGGGGGGAGGCCGCUAACCUUCGGUUUGUGCCCGAGUGCCUCUGCUAUAUCUUUCACCAUAUGGCCAUGGAUCUGAAUCGGAUCCUGGAGGACUACAUCGACGACGCCACCGGUCGGCCGGCGCUCCCUGCUAUCUCUGGCGAAAAUGCCUUUCUGCUGCGCGUCGUCACCCCCAUUUAUGAGACCAUCAAGGCCGAGGUUGAAGCCAGCCGGAAUGGCACUGCUCCGCAUUCAGCCUGGCGCAACUACGAUGACAUCAACGAAUACUUCUGGAGUAAGAGGUGCUUCUCCCAGCUGCGAUGGCCGUUAGAUCUGUCCAAGAACUUCUUUGCUACAUCUCGCACCAAGAAUCGGAUCGGAAAGACAGGUUUUGUGGAGCAGCGCUCCUUCUGGAACCUCUUUCGCAGUUUUGACCGCCUCUGGAUCAUGCUUAUACUCUUUCUUCAGGCAGCGACGAUUGUGGCCUGGGAGGGGAAGGAAUACCCAUGGCAGGGCUUGCAGAGUCGUGACGUGCAAGUCCGUGUACUCACUGUGUUCAUCAGCUGGGCUGGGCUUCGCUUCCUGCAGUCAGUCAUUGAUAUCGGAACCCAAUGUGGCUUGGUUACGAGAGAGACCCCGUUGCUUGCUCUUCGGAUGGUUCUAAAGAGUAUCGUCUCUGCUGUGUGGACUGUUGUUUUUGGUGUUCUUUAUAGCCAGAUCUGGGACCAAAAGAACCGUGAUCGCAGAUGGUCGGGAGCUGCAAAUUCUAAGGUGGUGACUUAUCUUCAGGUUUCUGGGGUAUUCAUCAUCCCAGAGCUCCUCGGCAUUACGCUCUUUAUCCUGCCAUGGUUUCGGAAUUUCCUUGAAAAGACCAACUGGAGGAUCCUCUAUGUCUUGACAUGGUGGUUCCAAAGCCGCACAUUUGUUGGCCGUGGGCUCCGUGAAGGGAUUCUGGACAACCUGAAAUAUGGCUUGUUUUGGGUAGCAGUCCUUUCAGUGAAGUUCAUUUUCAGUUAUUUCCUCCAAAUCAAACCCAUGGUUGCCCCGACUAAGACAAUUCUGAGGAUGAAUGACAUCAACUACAAGUGGCAUGAAUUCUUUUCGAAGACAAAUAGAUUUGCAGUGGUGCUUUUCUGGCUCCCAGUCGUGAUUAUAUAUUUAAUGGACACACAGAUCUGGUACUCCAUAUUUUCUUCCAUGGUUGGGGCAUUGGUGGGUCUUUUUUCGCACUUGGGUGAGAUUCGCAAUGUCCAGCAGCUUAGGCUGAGGUUUCAGUUUUUUGCCAGUGCAAUGCAGUUCAAUCUGAUGCCAGAGGAGCAACUUUUCAAGGAAAGGGGCACUCUAAAGAGCAAAUUUGAAGAAGCAAUCCUCCGGCUGAAGUUGCGGUACGGGUUGGGACGCCCAUACAAGAAGAUUGAGUCAAACCAGGUAGAGGCUACUCGAUUUGCCUUGAUAUGGAAUGAGAUCAUUGAGGCAUUUCGAGAAGAAGACAUUGUCAGUGACAAGGAGGUGGAGCUCCUUGAACUGCCUCCUAAUGCAUGGGGAAUUCGUGUAAUCCGUUGGCCUUGCUUCCUCCUUUGCAAUGAAUUACUACUUGCUCUUGGACAGGCAAGAGAAUUGGAAGCAACGGACAAGGUCCACUGGAAGAAGAUAUGUAAGAAUGAAUAUAGGCGUUGUGCUGUUAUUGAGACAUAUGACAGCAUCAAGUAUUUGCUUACCAAGAUUGUCAAGGACGGUACUGAAGAACACCUGAUAAUUUCCAACUUGUUUUCUGCAUUUGAUGAUUCUAUUCGUGUUGGAAAAUUUACUCUGGAGUAUCGGAUGCGUGCUCUGGGUGGUAUUCAUUCUGCACUGAUUACGCUACUUAACCUGCUGCUCAAGCCAAAGAAAGAUUCGGGCAAGGUGGUUAAUACAUUACAGACUCUUUACGAAAUUGCUCACCGUGAUUUCCCAGAGAAAAAGAAAUCUGUUGAAGAGCUGAGAGAGUUCGGAUGGAUUCCCUCGAGAUCAAGCUCCACUGGCUUACUUUUUGAAAAUGCUAUCGAUUUGCCUGAUACUGAUGACCUCAGUUUCUAUAAGAAUGUGAGGCGGUUGCACAUGAUUCUCACAUCUAGGGACUCCUUGAAUAACGUCCCUAAGAAUCUUGAAGCUAGACGUCGUAUUGCUUUCUUCACCAAUUCCUUAUUCAUGAACAUUCCACGUGCUCCUCAAGUUGAGAAGAUGCUGCCCUUCAGUGUUUUGACUCCAUACUACAGUGAGGAAGUCUUGUACAGUAAGGAACAACUACGGACGGGGAAUGAAGAUGGUAUUUCUAUUAUAUUUUAUCUGCAAAAAAUCUAUGAGGACGAAUGGGAAAAUUUCAUGGAACGGAUGCGAAGAGAGGGUAUGACAGAUGAUGGUCAGAUAUGGGAGGGAAGGUUGAGGGAUCUUCGUCUCUGGGCUUCCCACAGAGGACAGACGCUGACUCGAACUGUGAGAGGAAUGAUGUACUACUACAGGGCUCUCAAGAUGCUUGCAUUUCUUGAUUCAGCAUCCGAAAUGGAUAUUCGGGAUGGAUCUAGGGAGCUUGGUUUUGUUGGUUCUCCGGCGUCAAGGGGUUCUAGCAGGUUUCCUUCUUCACGGAACUUGAGUAGAGCCAGCAGUGGUGUGAGCUCAUUGUUAAAAGGCCACGAAUAUGGGACUGCAUUGAUGAAAUUCACUUAUGUUGUUGCUUGUCAGAUAUAUGGUUCUCAGAAGGCUAAGAAGGACCCACACGCUGAUGAGAUAUUGUAUCUGAUGAAAACCAAUGAAGCUCUUCGUGUUGCCUAUGUGGAUGAAGUUCAGAGUGGGAGGGGUGAAGUUGAGUAUUACUCUGUUCUUGUAAAAUAUGAUCAGCAGCUUCAGAAGGAAGUUGAGAUCUACCGAGUAAGGUUGCCUGGACCCUUAAAGCUUGGAGAAGGUAAACCAGAGAAUCAAAACCAUGCUAUUAUCUUCACGAGGGGUGAUGCAGUCCAGACGAUAGAUAUGAAUCAAGACAACUACUUUGAAGAAGCCCUCAAAAUGCGUAACCUUUUGGAAGAAUAUUCGCGUUACUAUGGCAUUCGAAAGCCAACAAUCUUGGGAGUUCGAGAACAUGUCUUCACUGGUUCAGUGUCUUCACUUGCAUGGUUCAUGUCUGCUCAGGAGACCAGCUUUGUCACCCUUGGACAGCGUGUUCUGGCAAAUCCUUUGAAGGUGAGAAUGCACUACGGUCAUCCAGACGUCUUUGAUCGGCUAUGGUUUCUAAGUCGCGGUGGCAUCAGUAAAGCUUCCAGGGUGAUUAACAUCAGUGAAGACAUAUUUGCUGGCUUUAAUUGCACUCUUCGAGGUGGAAACGUGACUCACCAUGAGUACAUUCAGGUCGGGAAAGGAAGAGAUGUUGGGCUGAAUCAGAUAUCUAUGUUUGAAGCUAAGGUUGCCAGUGGCAAUGGUGAGCAAGUUUUGAGCAGGGAUGUUUACAGGUUGGGUCACAGAUUGGACUUCUUCCGCAUGCUCUCUUUUUACUACACAACUGUGGGCUUCUUCUUUAGCACUAUGAUGGUGGUAUUGACCGUUUAUUCAUUUGUAUGGGGCCGUCUUUAUAUGGCUGUUAGUGGGCUUGAAGACAGUUUCAGAACAUCAUCCCAAACCAGCAGUAAUCGAGCCCUUGGCUCUAUUCUCAACCAGCAGUUUAUAAUCCAGCUUGGUCUUUUUACAGCCUUACCAAUGAUUGUGGAAAACUCACUUGAACAUGGUUUUCUCUCAGCUAUUUGGGAUUUCCUGACAAUGCAGCUCCAGUUGGCAUCUGUUUUUUAUACAUUCUCGAUGGGAACUCGAACUCACUACUUCGGGAGAACAAUCCUUCAUGGAGGAGCAAAAUAUCGAGCCACUGGGCGUGGUUUUGUGGUUCAGCAUAAGAGCUUUAGUGAAAAUUAUAGGCUCUAUGCUCGUAGCCAUUUUAUAAAAGCCAUUGAACUGGGAGUUAUGUUAACUGUCUAUGCAUCAUACAGUCCCUUGGCAAAGAAUACACUUGUUUAUAUUGUCAUGACUAUCUCCAGCUGGUUUCUUGUUGUGUCUUGGAUAAUGGCCCCAUUUGUAUUCAAUCCAUCUGGUUUUGACUGGCUGAAAACUGUUUAUGACUUUGAGGACUUCAUGAACUGGAUUUGGCAUCGUGGAGGUGUCUUUACGAAAUCAGAGCAAAGUUGGGAGACGUGGUGGUACGAGGAACAAGAUCACCUGAGAACUACUGGCCUCUUGGGGAAAAUUUUGGAGAUAGUACUAGAUCUACGUUUCUUUUUUUUCCAGUACGGGAUUGUAUAUCAACUCAAAAUCGCAAACAGCAGUACCAGUAUUGCUGUUUAUCUGCUAUCUUGGAUUUAUGUGGUUGUGGCUGUAGGCUUUUUUGUCACAAUGGCCUAUGCACGUGAUAAGUAUGCUGCCAAAGAACACAUCUAUUACCGAUCAGUCCAAUUAUUUGUCAUCAUCAUGGUGUUGCUGCUGAUCUUCCUAUUGUUCGAGUUUACGGCGUUUGAGUUUAUUGAUAUUUUUACCAGUCUUUUGGCAUUCAUUCCGACAGGGUGGGGCUUGAUACAGAUUGCUCAAGUACUAAGGCCAUGCCUGCAUUCCACAACAAUUUGGGAUACCGUUAUUUCUAUGGCCCGGCUAUAUGACAUUUUAUUUGGCAUCAUCGUUAUGGCUCCUGUGGCACUUCUAUCCUGGUUGCCUGGAUUCCAGUCAAUGCAAACAAGGAUUCUCUUCAAUGAAGCAUUCAGCCGUGGCCUUCAGAUAUCCCGUAUCAUAGUGGGCAAGAAAUCUAGUUUUUGA